AAACAUUAAGUGCUUUACACAAACAUAUCUACACACACUUCGAAAACAUUUUGUGUAUGAACUACCAGUGCACAUAAUGGAUCCAAGGUUUACCUGGUGGAUAUUUCUUUUCUAUCUGAUCAGCCAGGUGCAUUCAGUGCCUCACCUAUCAAAGCAAGAUCUUGCUCUCUUGGCUACAGAUGAGAACCCCAAAUGUUUCACCAGGAAUCUAGAAACCUUCACUUGCUUUUGGGAAGCACCUGUGGCAAAGUCAUAUUAUUUUAUCUACAGAUUUCAUGACUCAGAAGAAGAAAACAGGUGUAAUGUGACACAACAGACUUUUGAGGAGGAGGAGAAGAAGGUCUUACAUAUUUGUGCCUUCCCAUCCAGUGAUGUAUUUCUGUUCAUUGAGACAGAGCUCAGGGUGGUAGACAUGGACACUAACACCACCAUCUACAGCCGGAAUGUCAGUGUGGAGGACCAGCAUCUACUGUAUCCUCCAUCAAAUAUAUCCCUUCAUCCGACUGGCGAAGUGGGACAAAUGUUAGUUGUAUGGGCUAAUGUGCGCAACACACAGUAUGAAAUUUGUUACAACUCCAAACACAAAAAAAGCACAGUUAAACUGGUGACAGGACCUACCCAUAAGCUCACCUCUCUGGCUGCAGGAGAGAAUUGCACACUGCAGAUGAGAGCCAGACCUGGCAGUGCUUCAAACAGGCUUUGGAGUGAGUGGUCAAGUCCUGUAACAGCUAUGGUGCCACAAUCUGCAGAUGAAAUAGACUUGCGUUGCCACACUCCUGAUCUGUAUGAAGUAUUAUGCAAAUGGAGUGAAAAAUUAUUGGAUGGUGGCAGAUAUAACCUACAUUACAGGCAAACAAACAGAAGUUCAUGGAGCAGUUGGAAGUUGUGUUCCAAAGUCAACGACUCUGUGAAUCAGUGUGUCCUGUAUGGGGAGGAGUCCACUGUCUAUCAGGUUUAUCUCAGCACUGGCCUGGAACCAUUCAGUCGAACAUUUUACAUGAAGACUUUCAGUAUGAACAGCAGCAUCCAAACAGAGCCUCCAGGAGGGCUGCAGGAACAGACAGAGGACAGGAGGCUCUGUUUAAACUGGGAUCCACCUCUUUUGAUGAUCUCUCAGUACCUAAUGUACCAAAUCCAAUAUCAGCUCCAAGGAGAAAAUGAGUGGAAGCUUUUCACAGUACCCAGUUCCAAGAGUAGCACUUGUCUGGAUGUGCAACUGGCAGGCCAAUACAGCAUCCAGGUCAGAGCACAACCUGAUGGAUCAAUCUACAGUGGAUACUGGAGUGACUGGUCGAAACCACUCACUGCCCACUUACCUUCAGGCAAAGAAUGGAUCUUUAUUGUCUGCAUACCAGUAGCUUUACUGAUCAUUGCCUUAGCAAUCAGCUUUUCCUUCUCUAGAUACUUCAGUAAGGUCAAGAAGUCUCUGUGGCCAUCAGUCCCAAACCUAAACAAGGUGCUGGAGAGUUUUCUGGCAGAUAUCAGUGGAUCACACUGGGAGCCAACCUUCAAUGUCAAGCAAAGCAAUUAUGAUGCUGCCACAUCAGUGUUGGAGAUCCUGUCUGAAAGGGACGCUGCAGUUACAGAAAAAACCUGUAAGAUGGCUACCAGUCUCUCUCAAACUGAACGAGGCAUCUUGGCUGGUGAAAAGAAUGAGGAGGAUUUUGGGGAGGGUUUGGAGAUGGCUCAAGAUUAUGUCAUUUUGAACACCAAUGACAUAAUCCCAUGCUUCACAGGGAAUGACUAUGUGUACAAGGAUGUUACUUUAUCUCACCUAGCCAUCAAAAAAAUAUCCUCUUUCCCCGAUACCUUUUCUACCACCUUCCCAGAAAGCACCACCAAUAUUCUCAACCAUUCCUAUCUCCUUCUGGCAGAACAAUCUGAGCUUCAGGAAUAUAAUUCAGCCUGUUGUUAUACAAACAUACAGCGAUAGUCAUGAAGCAAGUAGAUAAUGUUUUUUUAUUUGGGGGGGGACCCUAACCACCCCCAAUAAUGAAAACAAACAAGUACAACCCCCCCCAUAUUUAUACCAUGAUCAAUGUAAACAUGUAAAUUCUUCACACUGCAACCCCCUAAUGUUCAAGCCAUAUCUACGCUCUUGCUUAAGCACUUCCAUAUUCCCAUGAUGGGGACCAUGUAAAUAGUACUGUUGCUCUUAAGAUAAUAUUCCAGGUUAAAUACAACUUGUACAUUGCAGUAUAAUGUAACCAAUUUACUAUGACUCUACUUCAGCAAUUAUGCUUGUAUAUUUGUAAUCAUUUGUUUGUAACAAUACUUAAUCUUGUAAUGAACAUGACAAAAGAACUGAAAUCUCGUAACUGUAGGCAAUCAAUAGCUUUAU